CUCUCUCUCAUUAGAAUAUGCCAGCACAUAAACAUGAGCUCCAACAGCACAGACCCUGGUCUCUUCCUGAGUGCCAACACCUCGCCACCAGCCGGAGGCUAUCCACAAUCCAAUGCUCUCCACCAAGGAGGAACUGGAGGGGCUUCCUCGUUCUUUUCCCAUGUGAAUACCCUGGAUGAUAAUUCUUCUUCCACAAGCAAACUCUUGAACCUCACCUCAGAAACCCAAAAUGGAAACAGAACUGUCGGUCCCUUGGGUGGCCACCCUGUGUGGCAGGUUGUUGUAAUUGUCUUGCUGACUGGAAUGUUGUCUCUCAUCACCGUCAUUGGCAACAUCCUGGUAGUGGUAUCCUUCAAGGUUAAUCGCCAGCUGAAGACGGUCAAUAACUACUUCCUUCUGAGCUUGGCCGUAGCGGACCUCAUCAUAGGGGUCAUCUCCAUGAACCUCUACACAGCUUAUCUUGUGAUGGGCUAUUGGGCCAUGGGCAACUGGGCCUGUGACCUAUGGCUGGCUAUUGACUAUGUGGCCAGCAAUGCAUCAGUUAUGAACCUCCUGGUCAUCAGCUUUGAUCGCUACUUUUCAAUCACCAGGCCUUUGACUUACCGGGCCAAACGAACCACAAAGCGAGCCGGGAUGAUGAUCGGCCUUGCCUGGGUUGUUAGCCUUGUUCUGUGGGCCCCUGCCAUCCUGCUAUGGCAGUAUUUUGAAGGUAAAAGGACAGUACCCACAGAUCAAUGUUACAUUCAGUUCCUCUCAGAGCCUACUAUAACCUUCUGCACGGCCAUGGCUGCUUUCUAUCUGCCUGUGACGAUAAUGAGUGUUCUCUACUGGCGCAUAUACCUGGAAACCCAGAACCGUUCGAAAGAGUUAGCUGGACUACAGGGUUCAGGGACUCGUGGUGGGAUAGCAGGAAGAGGUGUGAACGGUGGGGCUGACAAAACCCGCUUCGUCCAUCAGACUGGAAGUUCUAGAAGUUGCAACAGCUACGAGCUAACCAGGUUGUCCAAGAGGAAGAGCACAUGUCGGGAGCUGGUUGGCCGCUUCCACUGCUGGCCCGGGGUUCGUUCUGGGAGACCUGGUAGUACAAGGAACAGCGAGGGCGAUCCGGAUCAGAGUAGCAGUGACAGCUGGAACAACAAUGAUGCUCCAGUCUCGUUAGACCACUCUGGGUCUUCAGAGGAUGAGGACUGUGGGGGCAGAGAGAUGAUUUCCCAGAGUCAUGCUAUUUUCUCCAUUGUUCUCAGCCUGCCAGGCAUAAAGGCAGCCGUCAACUCCCAGCUCUCCUCAUGUGAGGAACUGGACGCAGCCUCAGAGGAGGAUCCGCUAAAAGGAGCGGAGUACAGCCGGGACAGUCUCUCAACAGUCACCACCAACACCACUGCCACCACGACCCCUGAUGGAGCAAACAGUUCAGACAAUAGCUACCACCAACGCUUCUGCUCACGCAAGAUUCAGUCAAUGCCUAUCAUCCAGGCUACGUCUAACCAAGGCUCUCUGGACGAUCCUCCAACAUCUGCUGCCACUGCCCCUGACAGGAACAGCACAGCCACGAAAUCCCCCUCUCUCCCAUUGUCCUUCAAAGAGGCCGCCCUCGCAACGCGUUUUGCCUCCCGAGCUCGGACUCAGAUCACCAAGAGGAAGCGCAUGUCGUUAGUGAAGGAGAAGAAGGCAGCUCAAACUCUCAGCGCCAUCCUCUUUGCUUUCAUCAUCACAUGGACCCCUUACAACAUCAUGGUGCUCAUCAAUGCCUUCUGCAAAGGCUGCAUCCCGGAGACGCUGUGGGCGGUCGGAUACUGGCUCUGCUACGUCAACAGCACAGUAAACCCCAUGUGCUACGCCUUGUGCAACAAGACUUUCCGCACAACCUUUAAGAUGAUACUGCUGUGUCGCUGGGACCAGAAGAAAAGGAGGAAGCAGCAGUUUCAGCAGAGGCACUCAGUUGUCUUCCACAGGAGGAUUCCUACGGAGACCACGUAAAGGACAAUACACUAAUAUGGUCGAAAUCUAAAGAGUUAAAAUAGGAAGAGGAAGGAGCAUCCAUAUAUUUAUGUCUGUGGAGUUUCUUUACCUAGAGAUCCUCAAUGUGUCUCUCUGCUGGGACGUCACAGGGCGAUCCUAUGUGGUGGACGUCAGGUGUCUGUUUGUGUCGGUUCAUCAAUUGAGCGAAGCUGUUUGUAUGUGAGAAGGGUUUUUUAAGGUGAGGUCCAGCGAUGAGACCUCUCCAUCCAUACUUGGAGAACCAUGACACGUUUGUACACCUGAGAGAAAUGAGCUGAGUGAAAACAAUAGAAAAGGGCUUUGAAAUGUAUCGCAGGAGAGUUAUUGAAGUGCAGUCAACACAAGUGGGAGAAGAUAUCUUUGUCACAGGGUUUGGGAUUCAUAUUUCUUAUCAUCGCUCUCUGUGGGUAACUAGAUCUGUAACGUGGUUUUGCAUUUCAAACAAAACUAUGUAUCUGUAAUGUGUCACUGACAGCCAAGACAAAAUGACUUUGUGUUUCACAGGCUUCUACAUUGAACUGAUUUGACUGGCUUGUGUUUUUAUCAGAACAUCUGUACAUUGCCUUUCUACAUGGUUAUAGCUUUCCUGUCCGAUGGAGUAUAAAGAAGUUCUUAAAUUGUGUCCUUACUUUUUUCGUCAACAGAGAUUUGUUAUUUUUGUUAUAUUCAUCUUUGUUUUUUCUAGAUAUUCCUGAGAUUUUUGAGCCAGUCUGAAAAUGAUUCUUCUGAUGACCUGAGUUGUGAAUAUUCUGUGUGGCACUACAGUCGGUGAAGUGCUGCUGUGUUCAAUGUGAUUGUUGUGGUUUUUAUGGUGGAGACAAUAAGUACAUUGGUUGUGUUUUAUGUACUUGCGGUUUUUUGUCAAGAGUAUUGAUUAUACAAUGAUGAUAUUCUGUUUGUGUACAUUUGGAUAUUUCUGACUUGAUACACAAUGGUUGGUUGCACACACAGACACACACACACACAUGCAGAUGUCCAUUUAUUAAGAUAUGUGUUUGAUUCUACACUACCUUUUACAUUUAUAUAAAUCUACACAUCCUAGAAGCUCUUUGUAAAAGGUGGUCCAUCUUUUGUAUGGUAGAGCAAUGGCAGCCUCUAGUGGCCUGAGAAAGACUUGCAGUCACACUGUCAAUCCAACUAUGUUCCAGUUCAUCAUUUUGCUUGUAUUGAAUAAAUCUAUAUUUUAAAUAUAUAUUUGGCAUAUAAAAAGAAUAGCCACAUUCAUCAAAGGUAUAAUGUUUAACUUUCUAUCGUCAUCUGGGUUUUCUCUGUCAUUGCAUAUAAUUUGUGGGUGAAGUAUUUCUUCUUUAAAAUGAUUAAUAAACUCAUCAUUGAUUUGUAUAUAGAGUUUACCCCUGUCUUGGUCUACGGUACAUCAUGUUUUUCCAUAUAGAAAAUGGAGAAACAGCACAUACAAACAAAAGUAAACAUUAAGGUGCCACCGAAGGCAAGAAUUGUUAUCUGAACUUUAUUUUAAUGCACAUUAUGUUAUUCUUAUCUUAUGUGGAUGGUUUUUACAUUCUUGCUGAACUGCAUUAUUUUCGUAUGAAUAUCGAGAUAAAGGUAUUGUAGGUUGGGAACUGACUGCAUCACGGUGCCUGACGUGUUGAAGAAGGAGUAGAGUGGAUUCUGUUAGAUGCAGUGGUCAAACAUAAUGUGCUGAAUGCAAAGGAGAUGUAAAAAAUAUAUAUAUCUCUUUCCUGUCAGUGGAUAUGAUGUGUGCUUUCAACACAAUGUGCUCCAGUUUCACCAUAAACUCUUCAUCAAAAUGUGGGAUUUUUUGUACUUCGAUAUUGGGAAUGUAAACGACCAAAAUGGUGAACACAAACAUUUUGUUACAUUUCAAGUAUGCCAAUCGUAGUCAUAUUUUAAGUCAAUAAACAAA